GUCUGCGCGCCCUCUAUCCUUCCGCCUGCGCCUCCCCACCCUUCGCGCGACUGCGACCGGUUCCACUGCGGCAACUCAUAAACUGUACAUUUGCCUGGAAAGCAUGUACGACUUGCCCAAGCGAUACGACCGGUAACACUGAGUCAAACGCUUGCCAGUCGCCCACCAUGAGCGCUUUCAGAGAUAUCAUGUCUAUAGUCGGACCUGGGGGCACGAAGACAACAGCCGCACCCAAGCAGGCGCAAUCGCAGCCUACUGGAGCCUCGAGACCUACCCCACGACUAGCUGCCGAGAUAAAUGGGGUGACACCAGCACCACAGCUCAAGCGUAAGGCAUCAGGACCAACAGACAACGGUCAAGUCAAAGUCCAGCGCAAGGACAGCCCUGCUCAACCUGUGCAGUACACCGGCACAGCUCGUUCAAACGCACCCCCUGGAGCGGCGAGGCCGGGUCAGCCUGCCACAACGACCGUACCAUAUCGUGGAACAGCCGCACCAUCGUCAGCCAAACCCAUAAACGCCCUCGCAAAGAAACCAACAGUGUCUGCAAGCACAGUAGCUCUUCCACGGAAAGCGACCCCGCCUGCCCCGAAACCCGCCCCUGCAACCUUGACCUCCGCUCCGGCCGCACCCGCAUCGAAGCCCAAAGGAUACCUAGCCCUACUCCAGAAAGCCAAGGAGAAGGAUCUCACCAAGCCUGCUGCGCCUCCCGUCACCGUUGCAAAAGGCCUCAUUCCAACAAAGAAGGAGCGCUUGGCACUCAAGGCAGAGGCAACUGCAGCCAAGGGAAAGAAGCCAGGCAUAAUACCAACAGCAAAGGGUGCAGACGUCAAGAUUGACGCAUCAAAGGUCCAGCGCAGGGCAGCAGACAUUGGCUACCAAGGUACUGCCCGUCCGGCUAAGACGGCUGCGCCCAUCGCCUACAAAGGAACCGCUCGCCCUCAGACCGCUGCCGCAUCCUCUAGCAGAGGUGGAACACCUGCAGCCAAGCCGAAACCGAAGCAAGAAAAGGGCCGUUACGAUGGCUACGCUGACUGGUCCGACCUAGACGGUCUGGAGGAAGAUGAGGAUGAUUAUGCCUCCGAUGCUUCUUCUGACAUGGAGGGUGGCAUCUGGGAUGUCGAGAAGGAAGAAAGAGAGGCCCUAAAGUUUGCUAAGAAGGAGGAUGCGGAGGCAUUGGCGGAAGAGAUGAGACUCAAGCGCGAGAAAGAAGAGAAGAAGCGCAAGCUUGUGGCUCUAUCGAAGGCGGCAGCAGCCAAGAAGAAGUACUGAUUUCCUUUCCUACCCCCGGCGUUUCUACGAUUAUACGGCAUACCAUACCAUACCAGGAUACGGGGCGUUUUCUGCAUUUCGGCGAUUGCAUAGCUACGGAGCGGACUGCAUAUUUUGGAUACUGGCGCAUGCAAAGUACGCUCGAGCUUGUUCAUUCACGAUUGUGUUAUUAAAGUGAGUCCAGAUAGAUGAGACCACACUUAGUGUAUAGUUCACAAGACUGUCGGUGACAGACCUCGGUCACAAAUACGAUCACGAACGAUUGUGCAUAUUGCAAUCACCCCACAUUACUUUCCGAACUCGCGUGUCGCAGGGAAUGUUGGUCGCAAGAGUAGAACCUCCAGAGAUAUGGGAG